UCUCUCUCUCUUUCUCUGUCUCUCUCUCUCUCUCUCUCACACACACACACACACACACACAGACGCACAAUUUGACAGCUUUUGGGACUUCAUCAAUGGCUGCAAAAAGGUUAUUCAGCGAUUCUGGUUCGGACUCCGAUCAGCCGUCUGAAAAACGGACGCGAACUCGACCUUCUUUGGCUUCUGUAAUAGGAGAAGUGUUGAUGGUGAACUCCUUGAAGAACUUGUGCUCGGGCUUGGAGCCGAUGCUUCGUAGAGUGGUAAAUGAAGAGGUGCACAGCAGCCUUGCACGGUGCUCACGCAUGCUUACGCGGGUCCCCUCGCUCCGAAUGCAAGCACUGGAACCCCCGAUCCUCGAGUUAAGAUUCAGCAAAAGUCUCACUCUGCCUAUUUUCACUGGAAGCAAGAUCAUGGAUGCGGAUGGUUCUCAACUCCAGAUCAUGCUUGUUGACACAAGAGGCGAUCAAGCGGCCCCCCCAACUCUUCCUAGCCCAAUUAAGGUCGAGAUUGUGGUCCUGGACGGUGAUUUUCCUCCAGGAGACUGCACUAAUUGGACGAGUGAGGAAUUUGAUCGGAACAUCGUUAGGGAGAGGCAAGGGAAGAGGCCUUUGCUCGCUGGAGAGCUGAGCGUGACCAUGAGGAGCAAUGGGGUGGCUGCCAUUGGGGAUAUCGAGCUGACCGAUAAUUCAAGCUGGAUUAGGAGCAGGAAGUUUAGGCUUGGUGCUAGGGUUUCUCCUGGGAGCUACCAAGGCACUAGGAUACAUGAGGCCAUGACCGAGGCAUUCAUCGUCAAAGAUCACCGAGGAGAAUUGUACAAGAAGCAUUAUCCACCGCAAUUGGGGGACGAAGUGUGGCGUCUAGAGAAAAUUGGGAAAGAGGGAGCAUUUCACAAGAAGCUUUACAAAGCAGGGAUUAAGACUGUCCAAGAUUUCCUGAAGCUGUCUGUUGUGGACCCAAAUAAGCUUAGAACGAUAUUGGGAACUGGUAUGUCUGAGAAGGUCUGGGAUGCAACCAUAAAGCAUGCAAUGACCUGUGAGAAGGGUAACAUGCAUUACAUAUACCAAGGGCUCAACUCCAGCAUCACCUUGAAUCCAAUCUGUCAAGUUGAAAGGGCUGUGGUUAAUGGGCAAAUCUACACCCAAAGGGACCUCACAAAUAACAUCAUCAGGCCCCAUGUUGAGAGUUUGGUCAGAGAAGCUUACUCACAUUGGAGCACAUUGGAAGAGACUGAAAGUCUUCCCUUUCCUGAAACAGCUCAACCGCCACUAGGCGAGGUGGAGGAUCAGUGCCCCACACAUUAUCACCUGGCAGAUAAAGCUUUUGGGGAGUUCCUGCCAACGAGCCAUCAUGCACAGCUUGGGGCUAGUAAUGAUUGGCAGAUAAUCUCAGCAUUUCCGGCCACUCCUUUUGAGCAUGCGAUCAGGUACAACGGCAUCCCGGAGACAUCGUCGUCGUCUGAUGGUAACAGUCUUGCACCCCCAAGGUCUUUCAUGGAUGGGAGCUAAAUUAGGGUUUGAUCGAUGCACUAAAGUUAGGUGGUAUAUAUAGUCAAUCAUGUAAUGAGGGAAUCAUCAUGUGAGGCAAGCAGUUGUAGUUGGCGGCCUUCGCAAAAAGGGUCUUAGUGGUUCGAAAUGGACCUCGAACUAGUGACCGAGGUCGUCUCGGACAAGAAAUGCAUCUCCAUGUUUAGGAAGUUUUGCAAGGGCGCCUCCUAUGCGGGCGAGCAUUACUUGCCCACUUUGUGAGCGUCAAGUUUGGGAGGAGGAAUUCAAAUAGGAGCUUUGGACAGGCUGUUGAGAUUUGCUCCGAAAGUUAUGAGGUCCUAAGGUUAAUUUGUCAAAUCCUAUGACAAAUGUUAGCGAUAACCCUAAUUAGUGUUGUAUAGGUGGCAAGCAAAAGUGGAAUAGUUAAGCAGCCAUCUUUUGUACUUGUUUAUGAGAUUUUUUAUAGAGCAAUAAAGUAUGCGCAUGACGUUGAAGA